AUGCCUUUCUCCUCGUCGUCGUCGUUACCAUCAGGGCAGCGGUGUGGUCACCGUCGCCCUGCGCACCGCACUCAGCCCUUACCACUGCUGCGGCUGCUUAGUCUCGUUCUGCUGGCGCUCAGCGCGCUGUCACGUCGCCGCACCUCGGCACUCUUUGCAUUGGCCACGGGUGACGCGGGCGCUGCACCACCGCUGCUGGCGAUUACCGAGACGGAGCUGAUCUCGAUCGACCUCGGGCACGAGAGCAUGAAGGUGAGUGCCUGGCGGGUGCAGCAGCAACACGCGCCGCCCAGCGUGGUGGUGGAGGGCGACGUUGCAGCAGCGGUGCCGACAAGCACCGGGACUGUGUCCGUAGUGCUGAACGAUCAGGCAAACCGAAAGAGUCCGCCAUGCGUGGCCUUCCGCUACUUCCGCACCCCCUCGGCUGCCCCCACCACCACCAGCGGUGGCGUCCACAACGACACUAGCCCGGAUGUGCUCGAUAGUGAGGAAGAGUCCCACACGCAUCGUCGGUGCACAGCGCUGCACCCGCGCGGCUACCAGCUCGAGCGAACCUUUGCUGAGCAGGCACUGGCGCUGGCGCCACGCUUCCCGACUCAGGUUGUGUGUAGCGCGGCACAGCUGCUCGGCUACACGGCGGCCCUCCCGAACGCGACGACAGCGGAAUCCAGGAUGCAUGCACUGACGUCGGGGCAGCUGAUGAUGAAUUAUAGCUUUCAUGUAGUGCCCCUCACAGCACUUAACGUGACGGGCACAGCUACGGCAAACGGAGUGGAUGAGACCCAGCAGCAGCAGCAGCAGCAGCAGCAGCAGGAGCGGAACAGCGUCGUCGGACGUCAAGCACUUGGCGUGUACGUGCCCUUCUUUACCACAAGUAAUGCCCCUGGCCAGCUGUGGCAGCGUAUGGCAAGCGACCGCAGCACUGUGAGCGCAGCCGAGAGUAAAGGGGCGCUCUUCUCGUCGGAAGAACUCACAGCAAUGCUUCUCGGCUACGCACGUCGCAUGGCCGAGAAGGCCGACACGGCCGACAACGCGCUCAGCGAAGAGGAUCAGCGGCUCGUAGAGAACAUGCGGAAGGACGCUGGCAACAGCAUCGGCAACGCGGAUGCCGCCGCCGGAGAGACGGGCACGGUGUCCGCGCCCACGAGCGCCAUCCGCUACGCCGCGCUGACCGUGCCCGUCCACGCCACCGUUGCGCAGCGGCAGGCGCUCGUGGACGCGGCGGCUCUGGCAGGCUUGCGUGUGGUACGCCUCGUCCACAGCACGACCGGGGCAGCGGUGCAACUGGCCUACGCGAAGGCUGAGCAAGUGCUAAAGAGUGACAAGGUGCAGUAUGUCAUGAUCUACGACAUGGGCAGCCAGCAGGCCGAGGUCGCCAUCUACAGCUUCACGGCGCUCCCGGCGGCCGUGGCGAGUCGAGCUAAUCUACAAGGAGCUCUGGAGAUGCAGGCGAUUGUCGGCAGCCGCACGCUGGGCGGCGCCGCCUUUGAUGAAUGUAUUGCCAGCCACUGGGAUGCGCGAUACUUUAACCGCCGUGUGCUGAGCGGUGUCCUCACAGCCGCGGGCGGCGGCGAAGCGGAGCGCCGCGAGGCGGCAAAGGAGCGUGGCAGCCUCCUCCGUGCUGCUCAGCGUGCGAAAGAAAUGCUCUCAGCCAACAACGAAGCGCAUGUCACCAUCGACGGGGUCCACGCCGACCCGUCGCACUUUGAUCCGAUGGGGCAGCAGGAGCUGCUGCAGCGUCGCGUCACCGUCACGGCGGACGGUGGCCUGCUGAGCCUCCGCCUCAUGCGCAGAGACUUCGAGGAGUGGUGCCGACCUCUUUUCGAUGCCGCCGUGGCGCUGCGAGACGAGGCCAUUGCCGCCACCGGCGGCGUCGUCAAGAACCUCGGUGCGCUCAGCCGCUUCGAGGUCAUCGGUGGCGGGACGCGAGUGCCGCGGCUGCUGCAGCAGCUCGGCGAGGGUUACCGCAGCGGCAUCGUCGAUCGCACACUCAACAGCGACGAGGCAGCCGUCAUGGGCACAACGCUCCUGGCCCUGUCGACCGCACCGCCGGAGCUUCGUAUGCGCGGCAGCCAAGCCCUGCCACGCUACAACGUGCGCGAGUGGCUGACCAGCGCCGUCUACGCCUCGGUGGAGCUGCGCAGCGCAAGGACCCUAGCGACAGCAGCAGCAGCGGCGCCGCCGGAGGUGCAGCUCCUGUUCCCGGCACUGAAAGUAGUACUACCAGCGACACGCAGUCUGCGUGUCCGAGUACCGGAUGUGGAGGCGUCACCUGCCGACAGCGUCAUCAUCACGCUGUACUCGGGUGCUGAGGCAGACAGUGCCUACGCCGACAGCACACGCUCUAGCGCGUUCGCCACGGCGAACUGUGCCAGCUGCUACGUACGGACCUGCACUGUGGAGGGGAUGCACAAGGCCGCGGAGCAGCUGCUCGCGCAGUUCACGCAGCAGAAUAUGUGGCACAGCAGUGCCAACCCACACCCAACGCACGCUCGCAUGGUCGGUGCGGAGGUGGUGGUCGAGGUCGUCGCUACGGUCAGUGGCAUCCCGCACUGCAGCGUUGCUUACCUGCGGGCCGAAAUAGAGGAAGUGGGGGCGGGCCCCAACAUCGCAGAUGAUGUGCAGGGCAACGAUGCAGCAGUAGAGACAGCGACAGAGGUGUCUUUAGGUAACAGCCAUCACGACGACAGCGCCUCCGGCGCGUCACAAGCCACACAGGAGGACAAACUGGGAGAGGGAGAGGGAGAGGGAGAGGGAGGCGUGGACAAAGUGAACGCCAGCGAGAUAGAGGUGACGCGCACCGAUGCACGCAUGAAUGCAGACAGCCCUGCCGAUCCUGCCACCAACGGCACGAGCGCGUCGUCCACUUCUCCGCCGCACGAAUCGCAGCCGCCGCCGCAAGUGCAGGUGCGUGUCACCCCACUCUCUCUGCGUGUGUCGAGCGGCGCCACAGCGGCUGGCGCAGCGGAGCACAGAUUGAGCUACAACAUGGACUCGGCAGAGCUCGACUUCUCGCACCGACGGGUGCGGCAGCUGCAAGCGCUGGACGACGUGCGACUGCGGCGCAGCACCCUGCGCAACGAGAUGGAGAGCAUGCUUGUGUGGAUCAAGGAGCACAACCCCACGUGGAACACUGAAGAUGCGCAGGCCUCAGAUGAACCCUCACCACCGGCAGAGGGGGCAGGCCACGCACUGCCGCAGCGCUCUGCGCUGCAAACAUGGCGUGCAGCUGUUCGCCAGGUGAGCGAGUGGCUCGACGACUUCGGCGACACCGCGAGUGCCACCGCACUUGAGGAGCGCCUGCGCAUCAUUGCCGGCGUCAAGGCAGCCUUGCGUGAGGCAGCCCGACAUGAGUAA